AUGGAAUUAUUAAACAAUUAAGAGAAAGAAUUGUUAAACAAAUACAACAAAUAUAUAUCAAAUACAAAGACAUAAGAACCAAUAAAAUAUUCUGAUAUUUUUGUUGGAAAACAUGAUGUUGAUGUAGGGUAAUUAUAAAAUGAGAUGAAAUUUCAAAAUGCAAAAAUGGGUUAUAAAACUUCUUAAUAGUCUAAAAGAGAUGAAUUUAAAAAUAUAAUAUAAGAACUAAGAAAUUCGUAGAUUUAAAAAAGAGAGAAUGAAAAUAGAAAUACAAUUAAGAAUGGAUAAUUAAUGAUAGAUGAAAAUUAAAAGUAGAAAUAAUUUGAGUAGAUUUAGAAGGUUUUAUAAAAGGAAUGUUUAGAUAAGCCAGAAAAAUAAGUAAGAUAGAAAUCAUCUUUGUCAUAAGAUUAUCCAGAAUAAAGAAACAGAUAAGAGAGAUUGGAUAGUAAAUAAUCAACAAUAAUGAUUUAAAAAUAAUUUAAUGAGUAAUAAUAACAAAUAAACAGCUAGAAAAUUAUUGUAAUAACUUGAAAGAUUGAUAUAAAUGAAAAAGAUAGAUAGUAAGUUUUUUUAUCGUAUGAUAAAAAAACACAUAGAAGAGUGUCCAUAAUUUGGAAAGAGAGUUAAGGAAGAAAUAAAGGAACUAUUAAAUUAGUUAUUAUGA